AUGCCUCCGCAGAGGAAGACCGGAAAUAAAGAUUUCAAGUUCGACGUCGCAGCCCCUCCAGGUUGGACCUUCGCACCGGGCGACGUGAUCAUCGGCAACUUGGUGCGCCACGCACACAUCGUCACCCCCGAGGCAACCGUGACUCUAUCCUUGAUAGGCCGCGUGAAAACUCGAUUUGUACAAGAAACUAGUUCGUCCGACAGGGAAUACAGCGAUGAGUGGCACCUGUUCGAGAGGCUGCCAGAAGUCAUCUUCCGCGGGCCUUUACAUCUCCCCGAAGAAAGUACCGAGUCGCUCAGUUGGCCAUUCUCAAUCCAAAUCCCAUUAAAACCAAGACGUUCUGUGAUGAAGGGCCAUGCUCAGGCUGCCAGCUUCCUUCCCCUCAACUGGGACCAUCCUGCCCAUCACACGUUGCCGGGGACCUUCUGCUGGUUGGGAGGUGCCUCGAGUGGCAGCGCAGACUCAGAGUGCUUUGUGGAGUACUAUUUAAGCGCUCAAUUGAGAUAUAAAUUUGGCUCGUUCAAAAACUAUACGGCCACUUGGCCGAUCACGCUACGGCACUCGGUCGACAAUGCGGGCCAGCCAGACCAAGUCAUUCAGCUAUCGGCUACACAGAAAGUCCGAAGCCAGCGACUGCUGCCAGGGUUGAAGAACACAGAUCUAUCAGUCAAACAAAAGACCCUCAAGUUCUUUGGCUCUUCCAAAGUCCCCGAGUUCCACUUCCGAGUCAACCUCACCACACCCCGCAUUAUUCAACUCAGCCUGUCACAAGCGUUCCCACUUGUGUUGGAAGUCCUACCACUAGAUGACAAGAUCAGUAAUUCUAUCAAGGAGGUGCCGCAGGAUAUCCAGACCAAUGGGAUAAAAGUCUUUUUGAUCAGUCGCACCAGCCUUCGCGCGGGGGACCCUUGGGAUCGAGCGACCCGAAAUAACCAGCAUUCGUCAUCGUCUAGUCUUCGGCUCGAGUCGGUUUUUCAGAAGGCUCAACGCCCUCUGCGUCUCUCACCCAGCGAAGGCAACUCCGCUAUUGAUCUCGGUCAGGCCUUUCAGCUGGGCCUCGGUUCCCAUGGUCUGACUUCUUGUGGACUCUCUCUUGGCUACAUAUCGAUGAUAUAUCCUGACUUUGUGACUUACAACAUCAAGCAUUCUCAUAUGCUGCAUUGGAAGAUAUCUCUAACCAUUGCCGGAGAGACACAAGUGAUAGCAGUUAACGGACCAUUGAAAAUCAUAGGGAUGGCCUAG